GCAGAAGGAUGAAAACUGUAGACUGAGGCAGGUCAGUGUCCUGGUUUAACCUCUCAGACUGACUUCAGAUCAGAAGAUGAGUGGUUGUGUGGAGGAAGAGGAGGACAGAGCAGAGUCUCUAGUCUCUGGCUAUGUGUCUAUGAAGAGUGACCAGUCUAAAGAUGAUCCUCUGACCUUCAGUGAUGAACCUGGACCCUCAGAGUCAAACAGAUAGAGGUCUGCAGGAGGUUGUAGAUGAACAUAAGAUCAGUCUGAAUAGAGGUCUGCAGGAGGUUGUAGAUGAACAUAAGAUCAGUCUGAAGAAGAGAUGUGAACGUGUUACUGAAGGAACUGAUGAAACAGGAAGUGGAACCCUCCUCAACAGGAUCUACACUGAGCUCUACAUCACAGAGGGACAGAGUGAAGAGGUUAAUACCCAACAUGAGGUGAGGCAGCUUGAGACAGCUUCCAAGAAGAAGACCCUCCAUGACGCUCCAAUCAAGUGCCAGGACAUCUUUAAAGCCUUACCUGACCAACAGGGACACAUCAGAGUCGUUCUGACGAACGGCGUCGCUGGCGUUGGAAAAACCUUCUCAGUGCAGAAGUUCACUCUGGACUGGGCAGAGGGCUUGGAAAACCAAGAUGUCAGUCUGGUGGUUCCGCUUUCGUUCAGGGAGCUGAACUUGAUCAGAGAUGAGCAGUACAGUCUUCUCAUGCUGCUCCAUGAUUUCCAUCCAACAUUACAGAAGGUCACAGCAGAGAAGCUCACUGUCUGUAAAGUUCUGUUCAUCUUUGACGGCCUGGAUGAAAGCAGACUUUCACUGGAUUUCAAGAACAACGAGGUUGUGUCUGAUGUCACCCAGAAGUCAUCAGUCAACGUGCUGUUGACAAACCUCAUCCAGGGGAAUCUGCUUCCCUCAGCUCUCGUCUGGAUAACUUCCCGACCUGCAGCGGCCAAUCAGAUCCCUCCUGCAUGUGUUGACAGGGUAACAGAAGUACGAGGCUUCACUGACGCCCAGAAGGAGGAGUACUUCAGGAGGAGAGUCAGUGAUGAAGAGCUGUCCAGCAGAAUCAUCUCACACAUCAAGACAUCCAGGAGCCUCCACAUCAUGUGUCUAAUCCCAGUCUUCUGCUGGAUCACUGCUACAGUUCUGGACCACAUGUUGACUACAGACCAGAGAGGAGAGCUGCCCAAGACCCUGACUGACAUGUACUCACACUUCCUGUUGGUUCAGACAAAGAGGAAGAAGCAGAAGUAUGGUAAGGGACAUGAGACGAGUCCACAGGAGCUGACGGAGGCUGACAGGGAAGUUCUUCUGAAGCUGGGGAAGCUGGCGUUUGAACAGCUGGAGAAAGGAAACAUCAUGUUCUACCAAGAAGACCUGGAGCAGUGUGGUCUGGAUGUCACAGAGGCCUCGGUGUACUCAGGAGUUUGUACAGAGAUCUUCAAAAGAGAGAGUGUGAUCUUCCAGAAAACAGUCUACUGCUUUGUUCACCUGAGCAUUCAGGAGUUUCUGGCUGCAGUCUACAUGUUCCACUGUUACACAAACAGCAACACAGAUAGUCGUGGCCCAUCUCUGGAUGUCUUCCUGAAGAGAGCCAUGGAGAAAUCCCUUGAAAGUAAAAGUGGCCACCUGGACCUGUUUGUUCGCUUCCUUCAUGGCCUCUCUCUGGAGUCCAACCAGAAGCUCUUAGGAAGUCUGCUGGGUCGGACAAAGAACAGUUCAGGAAGCAUCCAGAGAGCCAUUAAAAACCUGAAGAAGAUGAACAGAGAUAAUAUCUCUCCUGACAGAAACAUCAACAUCUUCCACUGUCUGACGGAGAUGAACGACCACUCGGUACAUCAGGAGAUCCAAGAGUUCCUGAAGUCAGAGAACAGUUCAGAGAAGAAACUCUCUGAGAUCCACUGCUCAGCUCUGGCCUACAUGCUGCAGAUGUCAGAGGAGGUUCUGGAUGAGUUGGACCUGAAGAAGUACAACACAACAGACGAGGGACGACUGAGACUGAUUCCAGCUGUGAGGAACUGCAGAAAAGCUGUACUUUCUGACUGUAGACUCUCAGAUACUCACUGUGAAGUUGUGGCCUCAGCUCUGAAGUCCAACCCCUCCCAUCUGAGAGAGCUGGACCUGAGUGACAAUUACAACCUGAAGGAUUCAGGAGUGAAACUGAUGUCUGCCGGACUGGAGAGUCCAAACUGUAGACUGGAGACUCUGAGAUUGAGGCGGUGCAGUUUGUCAGAGAUCAGCUGUGCUUCUCUGGCCUCAGCUCUGAAGUCCAACCCCUCCCAUCUGAGAGAGCUGGAGCUGACAUACAACAAGCUGCAGGAUUCAGGAGUGAAGCUUCUGUCUGGUUUUCUGGAGAGUCCACACUGUAGACUGGAGACUCUGAGAUUGAGGUGGUGCAUUUUGUCAGAGAUCAGCUGUGCUUCUCUGGCCUCAGCUCUUAAGUCCAACCCCUCCCAUCUGAGAGAGCUGGAUCUGAGUGGAAACAACCUGAAGGAUUCAGGAGUGAAGCUCCUGUGUGGUUUUCUGGAGAGUCCACACUGUAGACUGGAGACUCUGGGAUUGAGGAGCUGCAGGUUGUCAGAGAUCAGCUGUGCUUCUCUGGCCUCAGCUCUGAAGUCCAACCCCUCCCAUCUGAGAGAGCUGGAUCUGGAUGACAACGAGCUGCAGGAUUCAGGAAUGAUGCAGCUGUCUGAUCUUGUGGAGAGUCCACACUGUAGACUGGAGACUCUGAGGACCACCGAGAAGGACUACACAGCUGCCAGACACAAAGAAUGGGACUCAGAUGUCAAACUGAAUGUGGAAGAAAACCUACCGGAGGACGACAAAAAGGCUCCAACAUCCUUCUCACCUGAGCAGACAGCUGAAUCUUCAUACAGCUUCAGGUGUCCUGGUCCAGGUGUGUUCCAGUGUGCUUUGACUGGACUGGUGUUUGUCAUGGCUCAGGAGGCGGAGCUACUGUACAGGACCGUCCAAUGGGAUGAGAGCUUCCUCCAAUCAGCUGGCAAAAUGGCUGCAGGGCCGCUGUUCAACAUUAAGUGUUCUGAGGAUGCUGCUCUCCGUCAGCUCCACCUCCAACACUGUGACACAAAGGAAGCAUUGCUCUGUGAUGGCCUGUUGUCUGUCGCUCACAUCUCUGAUGAUGGAAUGAGCAUCUUGGAGCCGCUGGAGAUUACAGACACUCAUGUGGUUGUGAAGAUCUCUCACCUCUCUGCCUUUGGCCUGAUCUGGGAUACGAUUCUUAGGAUUCGGAACCUCAUAUGGCCGAUAAAUGGCCAAGUCCUGCUGUUCCUCCGACCUCCCAAGAUAAGACAUCAAGUACUCCAUGUCUUUCUGCUGAACAACAACGUCCUUGUAAGCGAGGUUGAGGCACAACAAAGAGGUGCUACGUACAUCCCGAACACUGCCGACUGUCUUCUCAACUUUGGUCAAAGUUACAGUGUCCACUGUGAACCUGGGAGCUUCAGAAUACAACCUGAUCGUGCAUCAUACCGCUCAAAUUAUGGACCAAAUUACCAUCCGACAUUUAAAGUUAUCCUGACUACGAUUCCAGACGAAGUGACUCUGAUGGUCCGGAAUCAAGAGAGGACAGAAGACGUCUGGAGAUGUGAUCUGUUGCAAGGAGAUCUAACAAUGGAAAUCCCUCAGAGGAACGUCCCAGCAGAGGACAGCGUCCCAGUAGAGGGCAGCGUCCCAGCAGAGGACAAUGUCUCACCAGAGGAGAGGUUGCGGUUGGUUCGAACAAAGUUUGUAAACGGGAUGUCUGAUCCUAAUCUGAACAAGCUUCUGGAUGAACUCCUUCAACGUCGCGUUAUAAGUGAUGAAGAAAUGGAGUCAAUCAGAACAAAAACCAGGGCAGAUAAAGCACGAGACCUGAUCGACACGGCACGAAGAAAGGGAACUGAAGCCAGCAGAGUUCUGAUCGCUGCUCUCCGUAAGGAGGAUCCGUGGUUUUUCUCAGAUCUAACAAUGGAAAUCCCUCAGAGGAACGUCCCACCAGAAGACAGCGUCCCACCAGAGGACAGCGUCGCAGCAGAGGCCAACGUCUCACCAGAAGACAACCUCUCACCAGAGGACAACGUCUCACCAGAGGAGAGGCUGCUGAGGGUUCGAACAAAGUUUGUAAACGGGAUGUCUGAUCCUAAUCUGAACAAGCUUCUGGAUGAACUCCUUCAACGUCGUGUUAUAAGCGAUGGUGAAAUGCAGUCAAUCAGAACAAAAACCAAGAGAGAUAAAGCACGAGACCUGAUCGACACGGUGCGACUAAAGGGAACUGAAGCCAGCAAAUUCCUGAUCGCUGCUCUCCGUAAGGAUGAUCCGUGGGUUUUCAGAAUUUAGGAUGAA